AUGUCAACCCCGGCUUCCUUCACCCUGGACGUUCCAACCGUCCUAUGUAUUGCAUUCUCUCUGUCAUUGAUGCCAGUGGCGUACACUCUAUGCCAGACCCUUGUCCCAGCCAACAAGACACGCGACCGCGUCUUGUUCUUCUGGCACGCCUACGAUGCCCUCACCCACAUUUUUAUUGAAGGGUCCUUCCUUUAUGAGUGCUUCUUUAGCUACACAACUGCUGUCGGAACCAGCAACGUCGAACCCUUCUUCUUGAACCGUCCGGACCGCAUUUACGGCCCGGCCUAUGGCACAGGCCCCAGCUCGCGCCUGUGGCAGGAGUAUGCGAAGGCUGACCGCCGCUGGGCUGGCGCUGAUUUGACUGUGGUAUCAUUGGAACUGCUGACUGUCUUCCUUGGCGGCCCAGCCGCAGUGUACAUCUGCUACCUGCUUUGCCAGUCAUCAAACGAGAAGAUCAGUGCCAGGUCCCGUGGCAGCGUCAAGGCGACAUUAUGGCUCGUCUCCACUGCACUCGCCACUGCGGAGUUGUAUGGUGGUUUCAUGACUUUUGCGCCUGAGUGGUUGACUGGUAGCUCCCAGCUGGCUACCGAGGACCCCGUCUACCUCUGGCUGUAUCUGUUCUUCUUCAACACACUGUGGGUAUUCAUCCCUCUGUGGGUGCUGUGGGAGGCGGCCAAAGAGCUCCGCGCUGCCUUUGUCUCUGCAGAGGUUCAGGUAGAAAAUAAGAGCCAGUGA